UUUUAUCGCUUAAACUUCUGUAAUGUGGCGAUAUAUUGUUUUGUGAUAUCCAUGAAUACUCCACCCAUUUAGUAGAAACAUUAAUAAUAAUAAAACUGUGCCAUGGUGUAUUAGUUUCCGAUCUAGAGAUAAACUUGUCUGAGUUAGCUUACCUAAAACCACUAAUAAAAAACAAGAACAUUUUCAAAAAAUCGAAGGAACGCUCUCAAAUUAUAUUAAUGUUCGGAAGAGUGUUUCAGAAGUGACAUUACCAAGUCUUUAUUAAAAAUUCUAAAAUACAAGCCGCAGAGUUUUUAAAAAAUAUUAAUAUUAUUAUCUAUGUUCUUAAUGCCGACGAUGAGACAUAGAUAAUAAAUACACUGAUUCGAGCACUGGAUUUGAGACUUGUCUCGCAAGUCGAGACGUCAGUCACGUAGUCAGUCAGAGUCACGUACGUUUUGGAUAAUUUUACUAGUGUGCGUUAACGAGUCUUGUUGUGAUAUGUUACUACUUCAAAACGUGUGCGUAAAUACUCAAGAGUACGACCAGUUCCUUCGGCAAAGAAAAUCAGAUUUACUACAUUUACUGAUUUUAAUAUAAAUACUUGUAACAAAUCAGAUCUUUGUAAAAAUAUAGUGUUUGAGAUUCAUUUUGCUUUUCAAUUCGUACGAGUUAACUGUGUACUUAACGAACAUACAAAGAUAAACUGUAUGUAGUGUACGUUCAGUGGUGUUGCACUUUGUUUAUUUAUAGACAGUCGCAAUUUGCAGUCAUGUAAUUAUUUUGGGGUUCCUAAAAUGUCUCAAAAGGAUACAGCGAUACAUCUUGUGGCGGGCGGGGUGGCAGGUACAGCAGGUGCAGUAGUAACAUGUCCAUUAGAAGUAGUAAAAACGAGACUCCAAUCUUCAAAGGGAGUAGGAAUACCUCCUACACAGCCUCCACCUUCUGAUAACACUGCUAAUAACAGAAAAAUAUGUUCCAAGAUACCUAAACAUCAGGAGGCCAAAUGGGGCUACAGACGUACAAUGGGUGCGAUGUUCGCAUACAGCAAGCAAGCAGAUCGUAUGCUGAUGUCGUACAAUUGUCAGGUACAGCAGUACGCGAGGGCUGGACACGCCAGGACACCGUCCAGAAUGAGCCUCAUACAAUGCAUCAGACACAUUGUGCAGACCGAAGGACCAAAAGCGCUGUUCAAAGGCUUGGGACCGAACAUUGUUGGAGUGGCACCUUCUAGGGCUAUAUAUUUCUGCACGUACUCACAAGCUAAAGCUAUUUUGAAUCAGAAUAUACCACCUGACACACCGAUCGUUCAUCUGUCGGCUGCGAGUGCAGCAGGUUUUGUCUCGUGCACGAUGACCAAUCCGAUUUGGUUUGUUAAAACUCGAUUACAGUUGGACGGACAGCACGUGACAGCCCUACAGUGCAUCAAACGGAUAUACGCUAAAUCGGGCAUUCGUGGUUUCUACAAAGGCAUAACCGCUUCGUAUAUGGGUAUUAGCGAGACCGUUGUCCAUUUCGUACUAUACGAAGGCGUGAAAGCGCGACUGAUAGCCGCCCGGAGCGUGGACGGGGUGGCCAGCGACCAGAGAUCCCCGCGUGACUUCAUAGAGUUCAUGGGAGCCGGUGCCUUCUCGAAGACCGUCGCUUCGUGCAUUGCUUAUCCACACGAGGUAGCAAGAACGAGAUUGAGAGAAGAAGGUGACAAGUAUCGGAAAUUCUGGCAAACUCUUCAUACAGUGUGGAUGGAAGAAGGAUACCGUGGAGUCUACAGGGGUCUAGGAACGCAGCUAGUGAGGCAGAUACCGAACACCGCCAUCAUGAUGUCCACGUACGAGGCCGUCGUGUACCUCCUGACAACUCACUUCAACAACUCGUUCUACGAGAACACUUAGCUCCAAACGAAUGAACGAAUAUGAAAUGUUCGAUUAUUUAAAAAAAAAAAAGAAUGAAGACGCCAAGUCGUUUACGUCCGUACUGUAAGUCUGUCAGAUAGGUGCUGAUUGUAAGUUAGUGAAGCCGACGAGAGGAGAGUAGAUUUUUUUGUUUCCCUCUUAUAAUAUUGCUAUAUUAGGUAUUGUGCCUGUUGAUUUUUAAUAUUGUUAUGAGAUCAUGUCCUUAUCGAUAGUCGUUAAGUUUUAAAGAAGCCACUUGAAAUUCUGUUUUUUUUUUUGUUGUUUUGAAAUAAUGAGAGAUUUUUCGAAAUUUCUCCUUAUGUUAGAUUCGAAUAUGAAAUUAGAGAUACACUGUAAUUAUUAUUUUGAUCGUCGACAGCCUACAGUCUGUCGGUUACGUGAUCAAUGGUUCCAUAAAGGAUGUUUUGGAAUUAAUUUCCUGAAUAAUCCGCCUAAAUGAACGCCAAUUCCGUAUGUAGUCAUAGUUUCUAGUCUCCAUCAAAUGUGUCCAUUUGUCAAUCAAUACAUUCUAAUUAAUGAGAUGAAAACUGAAACCUUUAAGCACAAAAACAAAAGCACAAUGUUACGAAAAAAAAAAUGGCUUAAGAUUUUAAACAAAUAUUUUGUGUUUAUUAAAACAAACAUAAUGUUUUAAAUUGGCCAUUUUACUCAUUUUCUUUUUUGUUAUUAACGAAUUGAAAUUAUUUAUAUUUUACAUAAAUAUAUUUAACGUUAGGUAACAGCUUUCUGUGAAUUUGUUUGUUAAAUUCUGGCAUGAAAAUUAGUAUGGAGCUGUGAUAUAGUGCUUGUAAAUAUUAGUAGUAAUUAAUUAAAUACUAUAAAGAUGUUUGUGUAUGAACAUUUAUUUUUCAAAGAUAUAUAACGAAAUGUGCUUGAAAUUUGGGUAUUGUGUUACUUUUAUUGUAAAUUUUAUUCAGUCUUGAGAAUGAGAAUGUUAUUAACUAUCAAUUAAUUAUGUUGAAAAUAUAAAAAUAUACUCUCAUAUUAUUUUUGUGAAAUAAAACUACAUAUUAACAUUUAGAACAAAACUUUAGAAAAGAUUAUAUUAUUUUUCAUGUCUUUUGUUCUCAAACAAUAUGGAUAGUGUUCAAAUAUUUUGAUACAUAAUUAUAGGUAUUUAUGAUUGUUUAAAAUCUUAACAGAUUAAGUUUUAGCCAAGGCGGAAGUUAUAAGACGUGCAUAUACGAAAGUAAUAUCAAGUCUUCUGUUUCUGAAUCGUUUCGUUCAUUAUUAAAUGUUGAAUAGGCAGAUAGGACUGACCUAAUUAAAUCUACAGCGGGAGGUCCCCUAAAUGAGUGCAGUAGGAUUGUCCCGAGCAGGGAGAGAUGGCGGGACAUGUGAGACGCCUCAAGUCUGCCCAACACUACACGACAACCACGAACACUCAAAAGCGAAACGAUUGAGAAGAAUUUGUUGUCAAAUAAAAGAUUUAAUAUACCUUAAUUAUAACUCCAAAAUGCCCACCAAAUAGUCAACUAUUGUACAGAUCUGGUUUUUUUAUGCUUUCCUGAUUUAUAGACUAUAAAAACGCCACAUAAAAUUCUAAAAGUAUAUCACAAUAUAAAAAAGUUAGAAUUAUAUUGAAAAGACUAUUUCUCUCUGAUUCAUAUCAACCUGAUGUAUAUUGAUGUUUUUACGGUAUAUUAUGUACUAUGAUGUGGACGUCUGGCUAGCAUCUAUCAAACGCAAACAAUGGACAAUCUCAAUUUAGUACAAAAUGUAUGCAAUAUAUUUUAGUAUACCCUGGAAAAAUUUCGUACUGACACGCGGGUACAACAUGCGCCUUGGCUUUAAAGUAUCCAAUCAAGUAGAUCUUGUUACUUAUUAAAAAUUAUAGGACACAUUUGGACUUAUGUCGGACUGAGUAAAUAAAUAUUUGUUAAAUGAAUAAAAUUAUUAAAAAUA